GUGUUUGCUCCAAAAUUAAACUCCUAUUCACAUCAAUCUUGUAUAGGGCAUUGCAUAAUCUUGAAUCAAAUUAUAUGAAAACCAUAUAUAGAUACAAAAACAGACUUCAUUAUUCUGAAGUUAAUCUCUAUCACAGAAAUCUCUCAACAUUACCCGAUCCAAAACCUUUGCCCCCAAUACAACAAGACCAUGUUUGGAGGGCCCCAAAUGCUACUACUCAACUGUCAACUUUACAUGCUUUCUUCCAGUUAUGUGCAAGAGAAAGAGCACUUUUGCAAGGCAAAACCUGUCAUGCAAAGAUUAUCACUGUUGGGCUUAAUGCAGAUACUUUAACUUCAAACAUGCUCAUUAAUUUGUAUGCCAAAUGCGGUCUUAAUGAUCAAGCACGAAAGGUGUUUGAUUUAAUGCCGCAGCGAUGUGUUGUUUCUUGGAAUACACUUCUUGGAUCAUAUACCAAGAAUGGACAAGACCAAGAGGCUCUUGCUCUUUUUGUGAGUAUGCAAAGAGAAGGGAAAACCCGUUUUAGUGAAUUCACAGUUUCGAGUGUUCUUUGCGCGUGCGCGGCAAAAUGUGACGUGUUUGAGUGUAGACAGUUGCAUUGUUUUGCUGUUAAGGCGGCCAUGGUUUCAAAUGUGUUUGUAGGAACUGCGUUGCUUGAUGUCUAUGCAAAGUGUGGUUUGAUAAAGGAUGCGAGUCGGGUUUUUGAGCUUAUGCCGGAGAGAAGUGCUGUUACUUGGAGUUCUAUGGUGGCUGGUUUUGUGCAAAAUGAGCUUUAUGAGGAGGCUUUAAUGUUGUUUCAUAGAGCGCAAGUAAUUGGGUUGGAGCAAAAUCAGUUUACUAUUUCUUCUGUAGUUUGUGCUUGUGCUAAUUUGGCAGCUUUGAUUGAAGGGAAACAAGUACAUGCUGUUUUAUGUAAAACUGGGUUUGGUUCAAAUAUGUUUAUAGCUUCUUCUCUUAUAGAUAUGUAUGCUAAGUGUGGUAGUGUUGCAGAGGCUUAUAAUGUGUUUUCGGGCAUUAAAGAGAAAAAUGUUGUUAUGUGGAACGUGAUGAUUUCUGGGUUUGCUAGACAUGCACUUUCUAUGGAGGCAAUGAUUUUGUUUGAGAAAUUGCAGCAGGUUGGUCUUUGCCCAGAUGAAUUUACGUACAUUUCUGUGUUAUCUGCAUGUAGUCAUAUUGGUUUGGUUGAAAAGGGGAAGACCUAUUUUAAUCUUAUGAUGACACAACACGAUGUUUCGCCCAAUGUCCUUCACUAUUCGUGCAUGGUUGAUAUUCUUGGUCGGGCAGGGCUGAUUCAUGAAGCUCAUGAUCUGAUUAAGAAGAUGUCAUUUGAUGCUACUGCUUCAAUGUGGGGAUCGCUUUUGGCAUCUUGUAGGACUAUUAAGAAUCUUGAAAUUGCUGAGAUAGCAGCUAAACGUUUGUUUGAGAUGGAACCUGAUAAUGCAGGAAACCAUGUGUUGUUAUCAAAUGUAUAUGCAGCAACGAGUAGGUGGGAAGAAGUUGCAAGAGCAAGGAAACUCCUUAAAGACAGUGAGGCUAAAAAGGAGAGGGGUAAGAGUUGGAUUGAAGUGAAGGAUAAAGUUCAUACGUUUAUGGUCGGAGAGAGCAACCACCCUAGAAUCAAAGAGAUUUACUCAAAGUUGGAGAAGUUGGUGGAAGAUAUGAAGAAUUUAGGUUACAAGCCAGAGACUGAGCACGACCUUCAUGAUGUGGAAGAUAGCAGAAAGCAAGAACUAUUGAGGCACCAUAGUGAGAAGUUAGCUCUUACUUUCGGACUAAUGUGCUUAUGUCCAGGUGCCCCGAUCAGGAUAAUAAAGAAUCUGAGAAUUUGUGGGGAUUGCCAUUCUUUUAUGAAGUUUGCAUCAAGCAUUACAGGGAGGGAAAUUAUUGUUAGGGAUACAAAUAGAUUUCAUCAUUUUAGAAAAGGAAGUUGUUCUUGUAGGGAGUUUUGGUGAAAUUCUAGUUUACUUCAUUGACUGCCGAUGACAUAUUGUUUUACAAUUGCUGACUUGAAACUCGCCCAAAU